AUUUCUUCCGAUCGAUCUAUCGUAUCGUAGAAGUGUCAGUUUUAGGUGGGAAGCAUAGGACGAAGAAGCGUAAACGUUUCAUCUAGAAGUUAUCAGGUUUUUCAUUCGUUCCUCUUCUUCCUGUAACCUGGAAAGGACUUUAACGAUGCUUGAAAACCAAGAAAGUUGUCAGGGGCCAGGUGGAAGGAAGGAAGAACGGAAGGAAUGUGCGACGAGUCGUGACCAGCGGAAGGCGGCCAGUCGACGAUACAUUUCCGGUGGUCGGCGGCCACUUGGAGCAAGUUUGCCCCUUGAUCGUGGACAAUAACGUGGGCGAGGACCGCUCGUUACACGCUACAUGCCCACGAAGGAUAUGGAUAGACGAGCGUCCUCAACGCAGUUGGCAUUCGUGACACGCACCAUCGAUGACAUGAGCCACCAUGGGAUCCAUCGCUUCGCCGCACCGCGUCGCACCGCGCCGCACCAUGUCGCCAGGAAUUACGAUUCUCUAUAGGCGCAUUUAUGCACCGAAAUCGACGACGAACCCCGAUGUCUCCACUCGAAUCGUGAAACAAGAACAGAUACUGGUUCGCCAACCGAAACUUGCGUAAGUGAAGAAAUGGAUGCGAUCAAACCUGGAUGGUUCAGUGAAAUUAACAACGAUCUGUGGCCAGGUGUUUCAUUGUCUCUCGAGGUCCUCGACGUAAUUCAUCGAGAGCGAUCGGAGUAUCAAGAAGUGAUGGUGAUCGACACGAAAUCGCACGGAAGGACCCUAAUUUUAGAUGGUAUCAUACAAUGCACGGAGAAAGACGAAUUUUCGUAUCAGGAGAUGAUCGCAUUUCUACCGUUGUGCAGCCAUCCAAAUCCGAAAACUGUGUUAAUAGUUGGAGGUGGUGACGGCGGGGUUGCUCGUGAAGUUGCGAAACAUCCGCUAGUAGAACGAAUCGUGCAAGUCGAAAUCGACUCGAAAGUACUAGAGGUAUCCAGAAAGUAUUUGCCUACGAUGGGUGUGGGACUCGAUCAUCCUAAAGUCACCCUUAACGUGGGCGAUGGUUUCCAGUUCCUGCAGCGACACAUUGGAGAAUUUGACGUUAUAAUUACUGAUAGUAGCGAUCCUAUCGGUCCAGCAGAGUGCCUAUUCCACGAAUCGUACUUCAAUUUAAUGAAAAAUGCGUUGAAACCUGGUGGAAUCGUUUGCAGCCAAGCGGGUACUGCAUGGUUGAAUCUCAGCCAUGUGACACAAACUUUGCAACAUUGCAAGUCCUUAUUUGCGGUUGCAACUUAUGGUAUUGUUUCCGUGCCUACCUACCCUACAGGGCAAAUUGGAUUCGUGCUCGGAGGAUUAAACCCUGAAACGAACUUCAAAGAACCGAAGAAAGUUUUCAGUCACAGCGAACUCGAUGAAAUGAACAUGAAGUAUUAUGACGACGAUGUGCACCGAGCCGCCUUCGUUCUCCCAAGGUUUAUAAUAAAAGCAUUGAACGAAGUCGUGGCUGAAAAAUAGUCGUUAAAUCUUUUCUCGCAGUUUUUGAUACGCCAUCGCUACAGACGUGGCGUAGAAACGAUCAAGAUCUUGUUAUAUCUAUUGAAUUCAUAUUAUCGUGUAUCAUUGUUAACUCAAUUCAAUUCGAUCGAGCUAUCAGCCUGAAAAAGAGACUACAUAAUCCAAUAAAUUAAAAUAGAAUGUCCUGUUUAAAUCAUACGCUUCGCACUUUUGUCUUACAUGCACAUGGAAACAUACAUUCUUAAUGAUACAUCAACGAAAUGUUAGAAAUUCUUUAUUAAUUUCAAUGUAAGUAAAGCUAACAUAUCUAUAUUUGUGAAUGUUCUGCCGUAAUAUAAUUAUAAUAAAACGAUAUCCAUUAUCAUAAUCAUCUCCUAAUUGUAUGUAGCACACACAUGUGUAGCAGCAUUAUAACUAAUGAUAAGAAUAAAUCAAUACUAAUAUAAUAUAAUUAAUACAGUAUAAUAUAAUAUAAUAUAAUAUAAUAUAAUAUAAUAUAAUAUAAUAUAAUAUAAUAUAAUAUAAUAUAAUAAUGUAAUAUGAUAUUACAAUUUGUAACAUUCCACGAUAAAACUUAAUCGAUUGUACUAAAUAUAACGAUUAAAAAUAUCCUGUAUAUAAAUCUGAAUCAUCAAAAACCAAUGAAUACAAAGCUUUAAAAACUGUCGAUUUUUCUCUCUCGUUGCUCUUUGUUUCUUCUUAAUAUAUUAACGGCACAUAUAUAUUUAAUAUAUAAUAUAUGUAGAGAAUCUAUAUAUUGUAUAAUUCCUUUCGUUUAUAUUUAUAUCUAUACAUAUAAUUUUCUAUAUAUCAUGGCACACACCUAUAAGUAUAAUGUAUACGUAUAUAAAAUAAAAACACGAUUGGCAAUCGUUCUGAAAAUAUAUAACACUAAAUGCAAUAAUGUAUACAUAUAUAUCUGUAGAUCCCUUUGCAAGAGUUCGAUAAUACAAAUUUACCUCUUCGCUUGUUUUUUCUUUUUGAAAACGAUUUUUUCAUGCAAAGGGAUUCUUCCUUCAUCUUGUCUCCUUUUUCUUUUUUUUUUUUUUUCGUUUUAUGAUUAUA